CGUGUGUGUGUGUGUGUGUAUUUUAACAUAUUUCAUGAACACAAAGCUGAGUUGUUACUGAAGAAGUGAUGAAGACGCUGCACUUGGCUACGAUUCUUCUCACUCUGUCUGGUGUUCUCACUCAGGACAGAGAAUGGAGAGUGAAAUAUCCUGAUAAACCGAUCUGUGCUGUGAGAGGAUUCAGUGUCUCCAUUCCCUGUAGUUAUUCUUAUCCACAAAAUCAUCAGGUGAAACAAAAGCUUUGGUGCUCGAUGAACUCAAACACAGAUUUCUGUUAUAAACCACCGUAUGUUUAUAACAGCUUAUCAAACACCAAGUCAGACUUUGAGUUCACUGGAGACGACAAAUCAGACUGCACUUUGUUAAUCCACAAUGUACAGUUCAGUUAUUCUGGAGAGUACAGAUUCAGAUUUAUAACUAAUGUGACCGAUGGCAGAUUCACAGGUGAUCCUGGAGUGACUCUACAAGUUACAGAUUUAAAGGUGUCACUAAUCAGGCUCAGUGGAAACGGAACCCUUAAACAAGGAGACUCGUUAAAUCUGAGGUGUGAUGUGAACUGUACACACACUUCCUCACAGUUUGUGUGGUCUAAGAACAACCAGAGCUUAAAUACAUCAGGACCUGUUCUUCACUUUCCUGCUCUAACUGUGAGGGAUUCUGGGAAAUACACCUGCACUUGGGAAACCGGCGAGACGUCAGGAUCUGAAACCAUCAGCCUUCACGUCGAGGAUGAAAUGAUUUAUGGAGAAACGUAUAAUUCAUGGCCCUUCUGGAUGGUUGUCAUGGUGACAGCUGGACUGAUUUUGGUUGUCGUGAUUUACAGCAGGAGACACGUCCACACUGAGCAGCUGAAGGAGGACGAUUCAGACAUCUACACCACAGUACAGUACAAUACAUUCACCAUGAACUGAUCUCACUUUCACACCUCACUUACUUCAUUCCAGACUUCUGCAUGGGAAUUUCCACUGAGAACAGGAAGAGAAACGACCCGAGCUUCUUAUUUCUCUAGAGCGAUUUUACAAACUGUCAUAAUCAAUUAAUAAACCA